AUGACCUGCUUUCCUGGGAGAUGCAGAGGAAGGAGUACUUCCUCAUAAUUUUGUUGAGGCUUCUUUCACCAGCAGAAAGAAACGUUUUUCGGGGCUUUAUGCUGGAAUUACUUUAGUUGGCACUGAGAGAAAGAGGCCAGUCAAGGAAGCUCAGGAAUAAUACGGCAGAGAAAUGGCAGAGCCAGGUUCUCAGCAGGCAAGAUGUGGGUGGCACAGGCCACUGCCUCUACAGACACCUGGCCUUACCUGUCGUUGGGACUGACUAAUUCUUGUUUGAGUUUGUGGUGAGACUGGGAUGCUAUUAGAUGGGGUUAUGGACAAUGUAUAUCAGAUCUUUCCUUCUCCCAAGAUGUCCUUACUAGAGACACUUGCAUAGCAUAACAUUCAGACAAUGAAAGCAGAAUCCUGGUUGAUGGUCAGUUGUUUUGGCCCCAAGUCUGGAUGAGAACUUGCCUCAGCUCCACAGCUCAGGCAGGAAGCAGUAGAGAAGCCAACCAGUGCACAGACUGCAGCCAGGGCCCAGGACUGCCACGCAUUCCCACGUGAGCUGGAGACUAGCAGCAAAGGGUGGUAGUGCUCUUCUUCCUGGUGCAGAGCUCCAGUUACGCACUCAGAAAGUGGAGAGUUGCCUCUAAAGCAAGCCGUUCCUGAGCAAGGGUAGCCACAGAGAAAGAAAACAGCCCCGGCCUUCCUUGUAGCCCAGGCUGCAGACCUGGGCCCUCAGUGGCUGCCAGGGAUCAGAGAAAAAUGGAAAAGCCUGUGGGCAGAAAAAAGAAGACACAGGCCCCGAAGAAGGAAAUGGAUGCGCAGAAGGACACUCCCAGAGAAGAGAAAGUGUCUGGGGGAGGAAAGCCAAACAGGAGAUGCGCUGCAGCCAGAAAGCACAGUGAAGAGCCGCGCCUAAGCCCUGAAGAUGAAGAACACAUCUUUGAUGCCUUUGAUGCUUCAUUUAAAGAUGACUUCGAGGGCAUCCCCGUGUUCGUUCCUUUUCAGAGGAGGAAGCCCUAUGAGUGCAGUGAGUGCGGGCGGGUCUUUAAACACAAGACAGAUCACAUUCGCCAUCAGAGAGUCCACACCGGAGAGAAGCCCUUCAAGUGCAAUCAGUGCGGGAAGACCUUCCGGCACAGCUCCGACGUCACUAAACAUCAGAGAAUUCACACUGGAGAGAAGCCCUUUAAAUGCGGGGAGUGCGGGAAAGCCUUUAACUGCGGUUCCAAUCUCCUGAAGCAUCAGAAGACACACACCGGAGAGAAGCCCUAUGAGUGUAAGGAAUGUGGGAAAGCCUUUGCCUACAGCUCCUGCCUCAUCCGACAUCGCAAGCGCCACCCACGGAAGAAGCACUGAGCGUGGGGAAGCUGCCCGAACCUUCCUGGUGGGCAUGCUGCGUGGCUUCCUCCCCACUCAGCAUCUGACCAAGGCCAGGAGUCAUGUGUAGCGUCCCUGCCGUCACCAGGAAAAUCUGCCCCAUCAGAUAUGCAAAGUCCAAACAGGUGAGAGACCUGUCUGCCCCAGAGAAUCUCCAUGGAUAGACACCGUGAUAACCAGGAAGCUCCCCCAGGCUGCUUGCAGCUACGGGCCAUUCUCCAAGCUGCUUGAUGCUGCUCGGGGCCCAGCACCAGAGGCAGACAGUGUGUUAACUGCCAUCCAGGGGAUAGGCUUGGGAUGCCUGAGAACACCUAGCAGCAGAGGCACAUGACAUUGGCAAGGGCCCACUCUGCUUUGGCACUUUCACCAGCACCUUUGAAGACUCAAGGUCUCCUGAUGCCCCAAGCCAGUCUCUAUGCAGCCUGCAGGAUCCUGUGGCCCUGAGCUAAGGGACAGUGCUCUCUGGUGAGCUCUGGGGACCCAGGUGCCCACCAGACUGCACCAGACCCCUGCUCGGCCCUGCUUAGCUGGCUUCAGUGACCAUCCUGCGGUUUGUCCUCUGGCUUUUCUCCUCAGGUGGAGCAUCAGUCCCUGAUGAUGCGCAGCCCCCUGUCUCCUGAAACUGGUCCGCACCGUGUGUCUUUCCAGCACAGCCGUCAUCCCAGGUGGGCAGCCUGACUUACGUGGAUGGACCACUGGAGACAUGGGCUCCUCAGGGCCUUGAAUGGUACCACUGUGGGAAAUUCCUGCCCCAGCUAUGUGGCAGGGCCCCUGGGUGCCAACGGCAGCUUCAAUCCUGCCUGUGUCUGCACAGGCCAGUCCUCCUCCAUUCAGAAUGUACCACUUGUCACCUCUCGCAGGGUGACGGAGACACAAAGGAUUACUCAGAGCCCAUGUAUCCAGAGCAAUGAGAGGCCCAAAGGGGCUGGACCCAGGGAGAACUCCAAGAGAGGAGAGCCCAGGCACAGCCCUGAGUCAGUUUUUAGAGUGGCUCACCCCAAAACAAGAAGUUCCUGAUGAACUAUGCAUGAAAAGGAACCCUAAAACUAGCAAGGAAGACUCCCGCAUUCCUGAGUUUGGAGGAGGAGAAGGAAAAUGGUCUGAUGAGAGCCACGAAGCCUCCCCCAGAGCAUGGGCUUGCGGCCAGGACCAGUACCCACGGCUCCAUCAGGCUGUCUUGGUUAAGGCUUCAUCCACCCAGGGGCGUCAACAGAGAGGCACAGCUGGGGACUCACCUGGGAAGAGCUGUGGCUGCAGGGACGGUCACCUUGGCAGCAGGAAUGCCAUGCUGCACAUGGGGUGAGUGCAGGGAAAUGUUUUGUCUGAGAGGCCUGCAAACACAGCACACAGCUGAGAAACUGGAAAGGCUGCGGGGGAGCUCUCGCUUGGUGACCACACGGAGGCUCAGACAGUCACAGUGGGCAGCUGUUCACGAAUGACCUCCAUUCCCACUCACUGCCAGCCAGCACCCACUGGAGAGCCACGCUAACAUGAGGCCCGCCCCAACGUCAGUUCCUGCUCACUUGAGCAAGGCCACCUGGAAGGGAGUGCUGGGAACUGGCUUGAUGUUCAGAACCUUCUCGACAUCUGAGAAGUGUGUUGAGGGAAGCAUGAGAACCCUUCAGCCAGGCAUCAGGGUUCUCAUUGCAGGAAAACAUUAAAGCAACACCCAGAAACUUCUCAGGAGCAUUUUGUGUCGACACCAGCCCUGGGUUGCACCUGGCCAUCACCUCCCAACCACCAUGUCCAGCAGGCACUGCCCCUGGGGCCUCAUCUGGCGGGAAGAGCACUGACCAGGACAGCCACAGCUGGGCCCCACCCGUCCAAGCACAGAGAACUACUGAAUGCCACAACUUCGUUCUGCCACGGGGACCUGAUAUCGAGUGUCCCUCAUGGCAGCAUUUUGCGAGCUCUGGCAGCGCUGUCCCUCCAGGCCUCAUCCUGGCCUGUGAGGGAAGGUGGGAGCCAUCUCUCGGGAGAAGCAGGAAGUGAGCACUGAGGAGGGGCGUUCAGCCCCUGGGACCAGACAUCUGGGGGACACAGAGCCAGCUUCAGGAAGGCAGAGCCCCUCCUUGUCUGGGCCUCUGUCCUCUUCCACACAUGUAGGGGGAGGGUGCAGACCAGCGACAUGGAUUUAAUGGCCCUGGCUGGGUCUAGCUGCAUUUCCUGGGGAGGCUGUGGACAUCAGGGUGCCCCUGGGCUUUAUUACUAGUGACCACUCAUCGAUCCCCAGUUUGGGCACCAAGAUGUGAUUGUUUCUUUUGUGCAAGUGAGCUGACACUGCAGAGGAAGAAGGACUUGGGGACAGGGUCCUGUGGCCUCAGCACCAGGGAGAAAGGCCAGGCACCUGGAUGGCAGACCUCACUGCAGAAGCUCCACAGGCACUGGGGAGACUGGAAUGAUUGCUCUGGAACAGGACAGGGGUAGGGGGUGUCUGCGGUCAGCAGGGCAUAGCUGAAGGGCAGCAGGAGGGUGGUGAGGAGGAUGGGCUAGGCUCUGAGUCGGUGCAGGCGGGGAGCUGGGCCCACUUGCCAAAGGUCACCUGCAGGUGAGGAGACUGCGCCAAGCACCCCAGCCUGUGCCCCUGAGAAUGCUGUGCUUCUGAGGUUGGUGUUCUUUUCUCCUGGCUUCCUCCUCAAACCCCAGACAACAGCAGCAAGGACGAAUGGACUGUCCUCACCUUGACCAGAAUCCCCUGUGAUUCCUGCUUGGCUGUGGUGGUGACUGCCCACCAAGAUCUGUGCUUGAUGCUGUUGCCUGCAGUCGCCCUUGCAGUGGCCCCAGGGGGCCCCAGGUGUGGGCAUACCUGCCAUACUGCUGGGGUGCUCCUUUUACCACAGCCUCAGCCAUGUCCACCUGGCUCGUGUUUUCUAGUGUCCGCACCUGUGUUUUCAUGUGUAGCUUUUUUCUGGUGAGGUUGAACACUUGGCCUGUCCAAACACUCCUGCCAUUUGCUAGUGGGACGUGCUCCUCCCGCUGUGUUCAUUCACAGCAGUCUACGUGCUGUGAAUGCUCCUGUAACAGCCCAUGGCUUGGCUUGUGUUGGUGGCAGAUACUGUCACUGGUCUAGUGUUUCCCACUGUUACUUUGUAUUGUCCAAAAACUUAACUUUCCAACUAGCCAAAGUGUUGAACUUUUUCAUAAUAUUCUCAGUCCUUAGUAAGUAUCCUGUACAGUUGGGGUAAAUAUUCUAUUUUGUUUUCAGCUAUGGUUUUUGUGGCUUUUUGUGUAUUGUGUUUGUUUUGUUUUCUUAGUCCCUAUGAGUUGCAGUAUUGGGUUCCCAUAUGACUUUUCAUUUGCCUCCACGUAUUCAUACAGAAUGUUUUCUUUCUUGCUGCUUGUUGAUAUCUAUUUUCUCAUAUAGU